GGAGGGAAGAAGCCACCGAGCUUUCGCCCGCGCCGUUGACAGCCGCCGAGUGUCAGAGCAGCUCUUGCGACGGGGCCGAGCCGAAGGCACCAUGCGCAGGUCCAGCACCGAUGAGUCCACGUACCACAGGAGCCCUUCCCUGGACAGCAAGGAUUACAGUUUCCCCAAUGGCACUUUCCGGCGCUACAGCAGCAUGUACGGUGGCCAGUUUGGGGCUGCCAGCAACUCUUUUUUUGGAUUCCACACCAACCCGGGCCCUAAGGCCACCAAGGCUAAGUACACGUCCCCCAAGGGAAACAAGUACGUUGUCUUUUACCUGGAUCUCUCGUUUAUUUUUCUCCUAGAACUGAAGAGGUGCAGCAUGGCUCACAACUGCCUGCAGUGUAUCAAGUACCUAAUGUUUGUCUUCAACCUUCUCUUCUGGUUGGGAGGCUGUGGAAUCCUUGGAGUAGGCAUCUGGCUGGCUGUCACCCAAGGGAACUUUGCCACCCUGUCCUCAUCCUUCCCGUCCCUGUCAGCUGCCAACCUGCUGAUCGUCACCGGGACCUUUGUCAUGAUCAUCGGCUUCGUGGGCUGCAUAGGUGCCAUCAAAGAGAACAAGUGCCUCCUGCUGAGUUUUUUUAUCAUGCUGUUAAUUGUAUUCCUGUUGGAGCUCACCGUUGUGAUUCUGUUCUUCGUCUACACCGACAAGAUUGACAAGUACGCCCAGCGGGACCUGAAGAAAGGGCUCCACCUGUACGGCACCGAGGGCAACAUCGGCCUGACCAACGCCUGGAGCAUCAUCCAGACCGACUUCAGAUGCUGUGGAGUCUCCAACUACACCGACUGGUUUGAGGUGUACAACACCACCCGGGUGCCGGACUCCUGCUGCUUGGAAUUCAGCGAGAACUGUGGGCUCCACUCCCCAGGCACCUGGUGGAAAGCGCCUUGCUAUGAAACAGUGAAGGUCUGGCUGCAGGAAAACUUGCUAGCAGUGGGAAUCUUUGGCUUGUGCACAGCCAUGGUGCAGAUUCUGGGCCUCACCUUUGCAAUGACCAUGUACUGUCAGGUAGUCAAGGCAGACACCUACUGUGCAUAGACACCAUUCCCAACCUUCCUGCUCCUCCUCCACAGGACACAGGAGAAGUCUCCUUCACGCUCAUUCAUCUGACUCUUUAUUUCCUCCCCCCCCCCCCUUCCUCUUUGUACUAUAAACUGUGUAUAAUGCUGUAAUAACUCCUGAACAUUUUGUGAACCACCCACUUACUGAAGGAGGAAGAAAAGGAGAAGUCAGCACCUGAACUGGCAAGGGGAAGUGGCAGCCUUGUCUGUAAAGAGAAGAAAACCUCCAAGAGCUUUUCCACAGCCGGUGGUGAGGCAAAGGAGGCUGCUGAGGAGGGGCUGAGCUGCAAGCUGAUGGUGGAAGAGAGGCCCUGAGGCAGCCCCUGCUCCUGUCAGGCUGCUCCACACCCCCCCAGGGUCUGCAAGAGGGGGCAUGGGGAACACCUGUUCCUUCAGCAUGCCAGAAGGGCCAGGGCAGCAGUGCUGGAGGCAGGGGGCCUGCCCUGCAGCCUGCACACAGCUGAAGUGUCCAGCCCCAGCAG